AUGGAGACCCAGAAGACCGUGCCAAGCGCUGGCACGCGAAGCUUUGUUCCCGGCGAUAUUAUCAUAGCUUGUGAUCCUUUGGUGUGGGCCCUGGAGAGGAGCGCCUACAUAACGCGCUGUGCCUAUUGCUUAGACGACAGUCCAGAACUACGAAAAUGCUCAGGAUGUCAACUGCAUCGCUACUGUAAUGCCGUCUGCCAGGCGGCUGACUGGAAAGUGGAGCAUAAACUGGAAUGUUCGGUGUUGAAGAACAGCAGCAACAAUGCCAGCAGAACGUAUCAGGAGUUGGCGAGCAUCCUGCCUGCGGCCGCAGCAGAAUCAAGCUCCCUGCCUAUGAUCAUUGAUAUGAUCGCCAAGUUGGAUAAUAAAGUCAGGAGAAACACCAUGAUGGACAUCACGGGAUUUGGGCGGAAAUCGGCCAAAGAUCUUUUAUUCAUGCUGCCCACAGAUCCCUCGAACUCAGCAGCCGAACGGAUGAGGCUGCCUGUGAUGUUGGCUAGUACACAGCUCACCAUACUCGGCCUGCCUGUCUCUGACUUUCUGACCUACUAUGCCAUCCUGCAGCAUAACUUUGUGCCGGUGUGUGAUGUGCUCGCCAACGGCGAAUGCGUCGGCUUAGCGGUGUACCCUCAGGUAUCGCGUCGCCAAAUGACACCGGUGUGCUGGGACAUCAAUGUGGUGCUGAACUGUCGCGGACGACAGCUGGUUGUCCAUGCUGUGGAGAACAUUCCAAACUAUACAGGGCUCCAGGAUUUUAGCAAGAUCGGCCUGUAA